AUGCAGCAGAGAAGCAGCUGCGUAACACAACAAAGACGGAGAUGUUCAUCGAUACUAGGCCAUAUGUUUGAUAUAUCUCGUCUCUUGGUUAUUUUUGUUCUUUUGGUUUGUUUCCCUCCAGUGCAAGCGGUGGCUGGGAACAGCCUUGAUGGCCGGGAUUUCACCAGCAACAACAGCUCAGCCGCAAAUGGAGUGAUACCAGCAAAAUGUGACCAUGGCGAAGGAGAAUACCCAUUUCUAGUGCGGAAGAUGUCGGAUGAUCCUGGACAGAAGUUCUUUGGUCAUUACUGGAGUCUCGAUAGCAUUGUUUCUUCUGGUGAAGAUGCAGAACGUCCCAGAGACAAAAUUUCGCUAAAUGCUCGAUCACCGCUUCUCUUACAUUCUUACCCGCUACCAGUGGCUGGCCGGUCUGUUCUCGGAAAGCGAGGCUUCGAGUGCCCGGCCGGAAGUGCACCAUGUGGUGGCUGCUGUACGCCAGGAUAUACAUGUGUCGCUGAAGGCUGUCUGCUAGUCACGACUACUACGGUGAUAAUUACACUACCAUCAUCAACUAUAACAACGGUAUCGACUAUCAGCCAUACGACUAUUGCACCACCGCCUCCACCUCCAUCGACAACCGAAACAGCGCCUACAGUUUUACCGCCUGGCCGUCCUACUUCGAACCCAUCAACUUCUACUGCCAGCAUCCCGGAUCUGUGCCCUAUUGGAUUUUAUGCCUGCAGCGCCGUAUAUGGCGGUGGAUGUUGCCAAACAGGACGAAAUUGCGAAACAACCUCCUGUCCAGUCACCGCAUCUUUGACCACAGUGGAAAGCAAUGGAGUCACUGUUGUGAUUCCUGUAAACACUACCCCCAACUCAGCAUCUGCUACGGCUACCAGGAGAUGUGCAGAUGGAUGGAUGAGCUGUCCACCAAAUGAUGGGGGAGGGUGUUGCCCGAAUGGAUAUCAAUGCGGAGAAGUUAGUUGCACUGCCUCUGCUACUAACAUCGGUACCGCAGUGAUUGGUAAAGCGCAGCCAGGCAAUUCUGGCAGUCGAUUUUCGCCAACAAUAUAUACAUGGAUGAUAAGCUUGAUUAUAUGCGUCCUUUUGUUAUGA